AUGGCAACCCAUUCCCAGAGCUCCGCUUGUCCCGCGUCCCCUCUUGAUCAAGGAGAGUUGGGACCCACUCUUCCGGCAACCGCCGUUGAGUUAACAAGCCUCAAACCCAAGGUCUAUGGGGAAGUCUCCCUCAAACGGGCAAUUUCCCUCAUCCUGGGAUUGCAAAACCAAGUCAUCUGGCUCAAGCGGGAACUCAAGGAAACCAAGGAAGCAGCAAAGGAAGCCCAAGACUGGAUGGGAGCAAUUGAUCAAGCCCUCACUUGCAUUGAGGCUAGGGGUGGAGCCCCCACACACCAGAAGACCGGAAGCCCCCAGCAUGCGCCCCUUGUUGCCUGGGCCAACCCCAUCAAAGCUCCCCCUACCUUUGCACAACCAACCCCCAUCUGGGUCCCCCUGCAAGGCUAUACUCCCCCUCCACCUUUGCCUAUCCAACUCCAUUCCCCCCAAGUCCCUCAACCAAUGGCUCCUGUAGCCACUUAUCAAACCCUGGUCAAGGUAGAUCAUCCCAACGCCUAUACUGGGAAAAUAGGGAACAAAGCCUGCCAGUGGCUCACAAGGAUGCUGGCAUGGGUACGCCUCAAUCAACGGAUGUUCCCAACGGAUCAGGAGACCUUAUCCUUCCUGUUGAUGAAUAUGAAGGAUGUAGCAGGGGCCUGGGCUCACCCUCAUCUUGACCAACUAGGUUCUCACAGGGCCUUAAUUCAAACGGUUGAUGAGUUCAGGACGGAGUUUUUGGCUGCAUUUGGCAACCCAGAUGCCACAAGGGCUGCAGAGCAGCAAAUUACACACCUCACUCAGACAGGCACCUGUGCUGAGUAUAUUACAAAAUUCAGGACUAUUGCCAUGGACCUGGAUUGGAACAAUGCCGCCCUCUGCAGGCAAUUUGCACAAGGCCUCCACUGGGAGGUCAGCCAACUCAUUGCUACCCAUGAGCGGCGCCCCACUACUCUCCUCAAGCUGCAGAACACAGCUCUGGUCAUUGACAACACCCUCCGCAAAGAGCGUGCCAGCCACCUGCCAAAGGGUAGUAAGCCUGGAACCUCUAGCACCACCCCCAAUAGGGGGGCAAGUACCAGCCAACAGGCCACCAGACCAGGACGCCUAUCCAGCAAUCCCAACUUUGUCUCCAAGGAAGAGCAAAACCGCCGCAGGGCUGAAGGCCUCUGCAUCAAAUGCAGAAGAGCAGGGCACAAGUUUGCGGAAUGCCGCACUGGCUGGAAGGCCACGCCCAAGGAAGAGGGUGUCAAAAAGGAAGCCGCCAAAAUUGGCAAAGAGUCUGGACCCAAAGCAGGAAAAGGCUAA